CUGUAAUAUCAGGAUAUUUAAUUAAUAAUAACCCUUCUUCUACAAAGAUAGCUUUAGCAAUUUAUAGCAUAUCUCUUAGUAGAUUAGUUGAACAUUUCGGUGAUAAUGAGCCUAAAAAAGUUAAAACAAUGAUUUCUUUUGUUCUGAAUUGGCAUGCAAGGGCGAUUAAAAAUAGUGUAAUUGAAACUAUUAAGAACAAAUUAGAAGCAGUACUAGAAAAUCAAAAAGAAGAACUAGCAGAAAUAAUUUUAACCUACGAAAUGAUAAACGACAAAAUACUGGAGAUAAAUAAAUCACUAUCAUAUCAGAUAGUAAAAAUGAUAAAUUUAUAUAGUAAAGAAAUAAAUGAUACAGAAGAGAUGAACUUACCUGAUGAUAAGAAAUUAACACCAAAUGAUGAAGAAAUAAUCGAUACAGGCGAGAUGAGCUCGCUUGAUUAUAAGAAAUUAACACUAAAUGAUGCAGAAACACUCGAAAAAAAAUUAAUAAUCAUGGACUUAAAUAUCAUAAGGAAUAAAAUAUUUAUGACAUUUAUUUUUCUUCAAGAUUUUUAUGAAAAAUGGAUAAAUAUAGAUGAUAAGUUUGAUGAAGUAAAUAUUGAGGAUAAAAAAGCUGAAGAUAACGGUACAAUAAUAAAGUUAAAUGUUGAAGAGGAAAAACUAGCUGAAGGUACAAAAAUAAAGGAAGAAAAACCAGCUGAAGACACAAAAAUAAAGACCGAAGAGCUAAAGAAUUUAAUUAUUAAAAGAUUAGAAAGUCUAGAAAAUAAUAGGGAUAACAUAUCAAAAAAAAUGGAAGAUCUUAAUCCAACAUAUAUUAAAGAUCUCAAUACAUAUAUAAAAUAUUAA